AUGGCGGUUGCAGAGGAAGCUGGAGGAGAAAACUUGAGCUCUCAUGUUCUUCCAUCUUCAUCCCUUACCCUCGAUACCUCUCUUUCCCUACCUGAUUUGACUCCUCCUCUCAUAGAGCUGUGCAAGGAUUUGUUCAAGAAAUGGUCAAAACUGGAUGAUUCUUGCUUCUCUGUCGAGACUGUUUCUGGUGGCAUAACAAAUCUCUUGCUGAAGGUAUCUGUGAAGGAAGAAAAUGAAAAUGAGGUGUCUGUAACUGUCAGAUUAUAUGGUCCUAACACCGAUUAUGUUAUCAAUCGAGAACGCGAGCUUCAGGCUAUCAAAUACCUCUCGGCUGCAGGAUUUGGUGCCAAGUUGCUUGGAGUAUUUGGAAAUGGCAUGGUCCAAUCUUUUAUAAAUGCACGAACACUGACUCCGCAAGACAUGAGAGACCCAAAGCUGGCUGCUGAAAUUGCCAAGCAACUUCAUGAAUUCCAUAAAGUGGAUAUUCCAGGUUCUAAAGAACCUCAGUUGUGGAAUGAAAUCUUCAAGUUCUAUGAAAAUGCAUCCAUUCUUCAUUUUGAUGACAUUGAGAAGCAAAAGAAAUAUGAGACAAUUUUGUUCAAGGAGGUUUACAAUGAAGUUGUAGAAAUCAAGGAAUUGACAGGCCUUCUCAAUGCUCCAGUGGUUUUUGCCCAUAAUGAUCUGCUUUCAGGGAAUCUGAUGCUUAAUGAUGACGAAGAUAAACUUUACAUCAUUGAUUUUGAGUAUGGAUCAUACAGUUACAGAGGUUUUGACAUCGGAAAUCACUUCAAUGAAUAUGCAGGCUAUGAUUGUGACUACAACUUAUACCCAAGUAAGGAUGAGCAAUAUCAUUUCUUCAGGCAUUAUUUACAACCUGAUAAACCGCAUGAGGUAUCUGACAAAGACCAUGAAUUCCUACAGGUAUCAGACAAAGACCUUGAAGCUCUAUACAUAGAGACAAAUACAUUCAUGUUAGCUUCGCACUUAUUUUGGGCAUUAUGGGCACUGAUCCAGUUAUCCUCUUCUGUUAAACGCUCCCUACUUACAAGAGGCUAUAUAAAGAAUGUCUUGCAAGGCAGAGAGGCACGCCCGGGCCCACCUGGCCUUUUGCUGAUGGCUUACGCAACAUCUGCCCAUCGAUUGUGCCAUGCUAGUGGGACAUUCAAAGUUUAUGGGCGUUCGCUAGUCUAG